UUUGUCCAAAAAAAACAAACUGCAAAUGUUAUCCAUUCCAUGGUAUCUGUCCUUAGUUCUUGUCACCCAAUCCCAAAUUGAAUUGAAGUAUCAUUGAGUAAACUUGAAAUUUGGUGAUGCGAUGAGCUUGUUUUCAGUCAUGAACGUGGCAAAGCCAUUUCUACUUGCUUGUAACAAACCAAGUACAUGUUUUCUCAAGAUUCCAAAAAUUGCUGCUACUACUUUGAAUAAUAGGAACAAGGUUUUGCCGUUAAGGUGUAAAAGUUUCUCCUCGUCUUCAAAUGGUGAUUGGUUGGAAGUUUCUAAAGAAAUUGACAAUGAGAAAGAGUUUAUAGUGGUAAAUUUCUACCGCUUUGUUUUCAUUAAAGACCCAGAAGAGGAGGUCAGCAAACACCUUUCCUUUAUGGAGGGACGAAAUAUACAUGGACGCAUAUAUUUAAACAAACAGGGAAUUAAUGCACAGUACAGUGGACCAAACAAAGAUGCCCUUGCUUAUGUUAAGUGGGUCAGGGAAGACUGCAGAUUUUCUGAUGUACUUGUCCAGAUCUCGUCAGCAUCCAAUGGGCAUGCCUUUCCAAGAUUGAAGCUGCGUUAUAAGCCCUCUCUUGUACAGUUGGAAGGAGGGAUUUCUCACCUUCCUUUGCUUGAUCCAUCAAUGAGAGCAGCUCCUUUGGCACCAUCUGAAUGGAGGAAGAGAUUGGAAGCUGUAAAUAACACCAAUAAUUCAUCACAUGAAAAUUUCAAUCCCAGUUGUGUACUUCUUGACGUGAGAAACGGUUAUGAAUGGGAUGUUGGGCAUUUUCAAGGCGCUCAGCGGCCGGAUGUUGAUUGUUUCCGGGCCACUUCAUUUGGGCAAUCUGAGUCAGAGGUGAUUGCCUCAGAUCCUUUAGCAGCCGUUGACAAGGACAGAACUGAUAUAUUAAUGUACUGCACUGGAGGUAUCCGCUGUGAUGUAUAUUCUGCUAUACUACGAAAGCAAGGUUUUAAACGAUUAUACACCUUGAAGGGGGGUGUUUCUCACUAUCUUGAGAGUGAAGGUUCUGUAGGAUGGGUUGGAAAUCUAUUUGUAUUUGAUGCCCGUCUUUCUCUGCUACCUUCUACUUACAAGCCUGCGGUGGAGAUCGAAGCAAGCACAAUGCUAGAAGGCUCCCCGGAUGACUCAUUUGCGAAAUGCUACAUUUGUGGUUCACAAGUCUAUGAGUUGAGGCACCGCAAUUGUGCAAACCUUGAUUGCAACCUACUUUUCCUAUGUUGUUCAGACUGCGUGAAACAUUUGAGGGGAUGCUGCUGUAUUCAAUGCACAUCCACAAGUCGACUUAGGCCGGUGCUGACUGGUCAUCAGAGAUACCAAAAAUGGCAUAAUUAUCGUGAUUUUGAGUAACAAAGCCGGUGACAUCUUGAUCAGUGAUUGGUGUCUAUAUCUUUGAAUGUGAAUGUCGUUCUGGCACUGAAAAUGUAGAUCUCCAGUACAGUAAAUUGCUGGUGAGAGCGAAUGGCAAAUUAAGGGAAAAAGAUACUCUUGAUUGGUGUCCAUAUCUUUGAAUGUGAGUGCAGUUCUGGCACUGAAAAUGUAGAUCUCCAGUACUGUAAAUUGCUGGUGAGACCGAAUGGCAAAUUAAGGGAAAAAGUUACUCUAUUCUUUAUCUACUACAAAUUCAGUGUUACCUGAAGGUUCCAAAAAGACUAAUUUUCACUUCUAUUGUUUGAGUUCUGUAUUUUUAAAGAGAAAAUUACAGCCCAAUAUCUUUGGGCCAUCUAAUAUACAUAUGUUAUACGUAUC